AUAUUUAAACUUAGUGCUUCACUCGCGGUUGCUAAAAUGUGCGGGUCUGACUGAGGGCUCGCGUAAAUUCAAGUGGAAACAGGAGGGAUCUGAGAGCAGGUAAGUGUUCGCUAUAUCAGCCAAAUAACAUCUUAGUAAAUGUUGUUUUUCUUUCUUUAUUCUCCACAAUGUUCACGAAGUUAAACCUCGAGUCUUGGCUGGUUUUACACUCACCUCAACAGGUAGACUUACUGCUGAGCUGCCAGCCGUAAUGGUCACGAUAGCUUCAGUUACAAAUCACGAACUGCCUCAUUGAUAUCAACGCUAAUCAAUAUGUUUGACAGAAGAGUGUCCUUUUGCUGUUUCAGAAACUAGGUUCUGGAGUUUAAGUGGAUGAGUUUACGACAGUGUCAGGGCUGGCAUGCUUUUGGUUGUGUAUAUGUAAUGGGAUGAAUAUCUCAAAUAUGUACUUUGAGUGUAUUAUACUUCAGAUACUAUUUUUCAGUAAAUCAGGAGUUUUGGUUAAAAAAAAAGUUAAUUACCUAAUGUGCUGAGUUUUUUGCAAGCAAAACAGUCCAUAUAAAUCAGCAAAAAAUAACAAAACAGUGAAAAUAAUGUUGUUCCAAAAGAGUUUAAUGGUUUUCCUCAUUCUUUUGUUGAAAUAUUCAUUUUUACUACUCUAACUCAACAAUCUGAAUGCUAAUCCCUGCUCUGUAGCUCCACACUGCAGUUUCUUCCACAAAGUAUUUGCAGAGAAGUAACUUGCAUUUCCUGCAGAACCUGUUCCCGUCCUGUUUUUUUAUAAAUCAGUUCACAGAUAUCCUGGAGAUCGCAAACACUGAAACCCAUUUUAAAAUCCUCACACUGAAUAACAAUGGCCGUUCUGUCUGUAGUUUUACCGCCUGUAAGGACUCAAAGAUACUAGAACAAGUACUUCCAGGUUUCAAGUCAACAUGUGGGGAAACCCUGGAAAUGUUAAAGCCCGUGAAUUAUGCCAAGAUACUGCAGGUUCUUGUGCUAAAAUGUUAGUUUCUGAACACAUGCAGUGGUGUUUAUUGGCCCUACACUUUGUAAAGUGUGGUUAAUAAUUUUCUUCACAUUAUUAAAGUCACAAAUAUUGGGAGAAAUCUGUGCAUUAACUCUUUUAAUGUUCUCUGAUUGACUUAGUUCCUUAAAGCUAUGGUCUACGAUCUGAAAACCAGUUUGGCUGUUGAGACAGAUUUGAAAAACGCAGCCUGCCCCCCCUUCACUCACCCCUCCCCUCCGUGUUCCAAGAUCCGAACCGCCGGGGUACAAUGGUUUGGAUUGGUUGAUUAUUAUGCCUUUUUACAGCGGAUAUACUAAAUGGAUUUUUUUUCAUUCUUUUUGAUCUUUAUAUUGCGUAGAUCGGACCAUAGGACCAUAACGGCCUUAUAAACGAUGUUAUUAAUAAGUACCAAGCUUCCAAAUGGUAGACCAUAGCUUUAAAUUGGUUACCUGAAUGAGAUCUUCCUCUCUGACCCUCUUCCUCUACUUCUGUCCUGUUUGUUCAUUUUUCAGAGAUGUGGUGGCUGCUGUGGGUGCUCGCCAUCUUACUGGCUCUCUUCUGUUGUCUGGAUGUGUGGUACUUCCUGAAGGCAGUUGCCGUCGUCCUGCGGGCAUGGUUCCAGCCUCCUAUCUGGGACAUUACAGCAGAGCAGACCCUCACAGGCCGGGUCACUCCACAUGACAUUGACUUGUGUCACAUGAACAAUGCUCGCUACCUCCGAGAAUGUGACUUUGCCCGCCUGUCUCUGUAUACUCGUAAUGGUGUGUUCAAGGCCGUGCGAGCGCUGGGAGCGUCGAUGGUCGUGGGGGCCACCACCAUCAGAUAUCGCAGGCCUCUGUGUAUAGGCGAGGGCUAUGAGCUGAGGAGUCGCAUCGUGACGUGGGAUGACAAAGCUUUUUUCCUGGAGCAGAGAUUUGUGUCGGCAAAAGACGGGUUGGUGUGCGCCAUCAUGUACUGCAAGCAGAGCGUCAUCCGCAGCAGUCCAGACAAGAUCAUGCAGCACCUGUGUAAGAGGAAGGUAAGAAACAGGAGUGUAAGCUCAUGCAGAUUUCACUGAUGAGAGAGAUUAAGGUUCAACAGAGAGCUCAUGGUGUUCUCUUUGCAGGUGGAGUGUCCUGAGUUCCCAGAGGAUCUUCAGCACUGGGUGAACUUCAUCUCUGCCAGCAGCCAGGCCCUCAGAGCGGAGAGUGGGCUGGAGGAGAAGGACAAAUAAGACAUUUCAUGGGCAGCUAUUGAGACUGGCUUUUUGUAAAUCAGCUGAUCUGCCAGCUCAGGAUUACAAAGCCCUCUGGGAGAGACAUUUGUCUUCUGAACAGAAAUACUUAACUGGAACACACUUGUGCCUCUACUUACUUGAAUGCAUAACACUACAUAACACCUGUAUCAACACUUUUGCAAACCACAAUGAAAAUUUCUUUCUCACGAAAAGGGAGGUAUUAUGACUAUGAUUGUGGAAAUGGUUUAUUCCUGAUAAAAAGCAAUAAAACAAUUCAACUUUGAA